AAAUUUUGCAAUCCCUAUUCAUGUCGUGGCCACCUUGAAUCUUAUUGGGGAUUCUUCGUCAUCGCCUCCUUUACUUGAGCGCGAGAGAGAGAGAGAGAGAGAGAAAGAGAGAGAGACCCUGGGAGGGUUUAGUGUUACGUUUUUCAAAUUGGAUUACGGACUCGCCAAUAAGACCCAACCCUUCUCUCUUCUUCACUUCUCCUCCUCCUCCUCAUCCACCUCUUUCAAAACCCUAGAAAACGAACCAGACGUUCAAAUCCCCUGAUAGAUCUUCAUACAUUCUUUGCAUUUGAGUUUGAAGUCACACAGAUUUUGCAUUCAUACGUCUCUCUCUUUCGCUCUCUCUCUCUCUCUCUCCAUCAGUUUCUCACACAAACACACGAGCACCACCACCGACCACCGCCAGCCGCUGCCACUCCGAGCUUGGAGUUUGAUUCCGAGCUUGGAGUUCAAUUUCGAUUAUAAGCCCCUUCCACGGAUUUGAUUAAUUCGAUGUUUACAUAUCUAUUCGAUUAAUCUUGAUGUUCGCAUAUCUAUUCGACUAAUCAGGUGACGAAUAUUGAGUUUGUGUUUAAUCUUGAUGGUGAUACGACUCUCUCAAUAGCUUGGGAGAUGGUGGAACAGCUUGAAUUGCCGAAAGAAGAUAUGACUUUGAUCGCAGAGUUAAUGGAUAACGUGAUUAUCAAAAUGGUGCCUUGCUGGAUGCCUUCCUCUGUUAGGUUUAGUGGUGUGAAAUUUUCAUAUGGGGAUGCAAUCCUUGUUUCAUGAUUCAAUCUAUUCCAUCAAAGUAAGUUUUGAGAAUGAAUGUUUAAUGAUAUAAUGUAAUUAAUAUAUUACUGUGUCUGAUUAAUACAUUGAAAUUGAAUGAUCAAUUUAGGAGCCUUCACAUUGAUUCUUUGUUUACUAUAUUGGCAUCCUGUUUUUGCAAUUUCACGAAUAUUCACCAGCCAAAAGGAAAUAGCAUUAGACAUAUCUAAUUUUAAAACAGCAUUUACAUUCCAUAUUUCAUUGCAGUUUUUCUGUUAAUUUCUCUUGCUUGCAUGUAUAAUAGACUAAAGUGAAUUGAUAAUGUGUAAUAAAUUCUCAAACUCCUUGUUUGUUGUUUUUGUGCUGUGCUUGGUUUGAUGCAAUGUUCGACAUCAGGAAUUGUCACUACUACAAAAAUACUUUAAGAUCACACUUAAGGAAAUUAAAACAUGACACUUUUAAUGAAAGUGUGAUUAAAAAAAUCAAAUUAAUAUUUCAAUCACACCUAAUUUUGUCAAGUGUGAUAGAAUUUACCCCUCUCCAUUUGGCAGCAACAUUGGGUAGUGUCAAAAUGUCCAAGUGCAUUGCUAAGGUCAAUUGUAAAUUAAUCGGUGUUCGCAACAAUGAGGAAAUGACCCCUUUGUUCUUGGCUGCUCUCAAUGGUAAGAAACAUGCUUUCCUCUGUCUUGAUGAUCUUUGUAGCCAGGACGACCGCUAUCACUACUAUCGAAGUAACAAUGGCGAGACUGUUCUUCAUUCUGCUAUCAAUGGAGAAUUCUUUGAUUUGGCAUUUCAAAUAAUUUGUCAAUAUGGAGACCUUGUUAACUAUGUACCAAAAAAGGAUUGUCUCCACUCCAUGUUAUGGCCACCAAGCCCUCCGCCUUCAAAAGUGGAUGCCGCCUUGCAGGGUUCGACAAAAUCAUUUACUACUGUACAUUUGUUGAUGAGCUUAAGCUUGACAAGGUGAGAGAGGAAGAGGAAAAGGAAAAGAAACCCAAGCUUUCGGAGAACUAUCAAACUUGCAUCAACAUCUUUGUACUGUUCAGGGAUGCCUUCUGUGUACCUUUUGAGUAGUAUGUGUGAUUUCUUAGUUGUGCUAGGAAUACUAAGGAAAAGCCUAGCGUCUUAGAAAGUAUACCAAAAAAUUAACCAGAUCCUUAUAUCAAUGGUGUAGAUUUAAAGCUGCUAUUGUGGAAUCCUACCUUAAGUGAUCUAGACCAUUAAUAUUACAUUUUGGACACUUUUUUUUGAUAUUUUUAAUUUGGGAUUAUAAUAUUGUUGUAUGGAUAAGUUUCACAAAACCAAUCAAUGAUGAGAGAGAUAGAAAUGGAGUCGACACACACUACAAUAUAUAAGAAUUUUAUAGACCAAAUUUUUUGGUCUCUAAAUGUGAAAAUUUUGUUGUAAAAGACAUUUAGGGAUCAAUUUAUAUUGUCGUGAGGAUAGUUGUUAAAAGGUCGUUCCGAAAAGUCAAAAAACAAGGCUUUUAACGACAAAAUUUUGAAAAUGCCACUAAUAAAUAGACUUUUAGGGAUAAUAAUUUGGUCCAAAAUGGUUUAUUUUUUAUACAAAAAAUUUGGCCCUAAAAGG